GAAACUAAUACUUGAGCUGAGGCGGAGCUGCUAGCUGAGUGUUACUGUUGCUUGUUAGCAGUGUCAGUGUUUGCGUGCGCGUAGCGAAACGGACAGACAGACACACCGUGCAUAGCUGAUACCGCUGCCUACUAACCUACACUACAGCUAGCACUCAGUAGCUCUCCCCUUUCUUGACUCAACUAACUAUCUUGUCUCAAGACUCAAGUCUAGAAGGGUCGAGCGCUAGCGCGCCGUAGUCUAGAUCUACACGCUGGGUCUGUUUACGCCUAGCGCAAGUGUGUCACUUCGCGAAAGCGAAACGCUUGGCGAAGAGGCGAGAGAUACGCCUAGGCAGCAGCGCCCGUAAUCCCGCAGGUUAUUGCUUUUCUGCAAAAAUCAAGGGACGUGCUGGAGAUUUGGACCAUUCAGGGGUUGGUGCUGGCCUGACAGCAUCACACUACACAGAGUGUAUUUCAGUACUGGUGGUGGUGGCUUGUACUGUAGUGAAGCAGUAAGCAGUUAGUUAGUGUUAGUCACUCGGCAGCGUUGUGUGUAGCUACCCAUCGGAGGACGGUGGCCGUGGAUGUCGCGGCGGCUGCCUUUCUUUCUGGUUUCAUAGCCAGUGAAACGUGGUUACCUGUAGAUUUGAUCUAACGAUCACGUGUGUUGGAGUACCCAGUAUGCCCUCCGCUGCAACCAAGUUGAAACGGAGAGCGUCUCUUCUUCUGAAAAAGAAGAAGAAGGAUGGGAGUCGCCUACCGGUGUCCAACGGAACUGUGACUCGACUCGGCCAUGGCAGUGGGUCCAGCUUUCCGGGAGCACCUGGCAAAUACAACAAGCCUGUGCGCACUGACAUAGCCUAUGUGGAGUUAAACCGCAAGGAGGGAGAAUCCUUUGGUCUUAUCAUCGCAGGUGGUCUGGACCAUGGGGAGGUUGUCACGAUUGCUGACAUGCGCGAGGGAGGCAUUGCCAAGACAACCGAACUGCUGGAAAUCGGCGAUCGCAUUCUGGCGGUGAACGGAACGUCGACCGAUGACCUCCACCAUGAUGCCGUGGUGCGCCUCUUGCAAUCCGCUGGGACCGCAGCGUAUCUGGAGAUAGAGUACGACCUGCCUGAGGGAGCUCCACCUCCAGAGUCGGCAACGAAGAAGAAGCAGAUUACUGUCGAGGUGCACGGCGAAGCAGAUGGAUUCGGUUUCAAGCUGAGAGGUGGCGUCGAUGAAGGUCUUGAUCGACCGCUGACUAUUGCCUACAUUCGGCCUGGUAGCGAACUGCACAAACUGGGAACGGUGAAAGUUGGUGAUCGCCUAAUGCGUGUCAAUGACCGCUUUGUCGGCGACUACACACUAUCUGGGGCCAUCACGGCACUCCGCGAGUCACCGAACUUGGUCAAGCUUGACAUCGAGUAUGAUGUGACUCUACAAGCCGCACUGCAGGACAAUGACCCUUGCUCUGUCCUGCUGGUUGAGCUCGUCAAGCCGCCAGGUAUUAGUCUUGGUCUUACGCUGAGUGGGAGUCCUGAUGCCGGUGAGGCAAUCACAAUCUCCGACAUCCGUCCCGGUGGCAUCGCAGACCGAUGUGGUGCCCUGCAUCAGCACGAUCGCCUGCUAGCCAUCAACGGUCGCAACCUGGAGAACUCCACGCUGCCGGAAGCCGUGGCAAUGCUGCUGAAGGCCGAGCGUAUGGUGACGCUGGAGAUACUGCCCAUUCACCGCAGCAUCCGGACACCGCCCAUGCACCGCAAUGCAAUGUCGCCCGCACAAUCUCACAACGCCCAGGAUGACGAUGAUGACGAUGAUCUGCCAGAACCGCCGGAGGAGAUCAUACAUGAUGCUGAUGGGCCGAUGAACGGCAUAAAUGGCAAAGGCAACAGCACAGAUCCAGGACAGAGGCUUUGGGGCCGCCACCAGCCACCCACUAUUGCAACCACCACCAUCGGCCUACCAACAUCAAAUGGAUUUAGCUCGACAACCAGUGCACAUCAUCUAAGCCUAUCUCGAGAAGAUUCCGCUCUGGGCGUGUCGGACUCCGCGUCAGGACAGUCCUUGGCCAGACCACGUGCACACACCACCUCCGGACCCGGUCUUGCCAAGCCUAAACCACCCGUGGCCAAGCGUAACUCCUCGUUGUACUCCGUGUCGGCAGCCCAAGACCGUGAUGGCGGCGGCAGCGGUGGCGGCGGCAGCAGUUCCCUGUCCGUGGUUGAUCGUCAUGUACUGCCCACUCACAGUGCCAUGCAGCUAUGCCGACAGGAGACCCUGGACCUGGAGCUGACAGCCGAUCCGUUCGGCUACGGCUUUUCCAUCUCUGGUGGCGGCGUGUCCGGAGGUCCCAUAACCGUGUCCAGCAUUGAGAAAGACAGUCCUGCAGAUAGAAUCGGUGUCAUGCAGGUUGGUGAUCGCAUCAUCACAAUCAACGGUACUCCACUUGGUGGCAUGAACUUGGAUGAUGUGUGCAAGCUGAUCCGUGAGAGUAGUGGACAUAUGCUGUGCCAUCUGGAAUUUGACGUAUCUGACGGUGUUAAGCCUACAUCAGGCGUGUUUGAUGUUCGCCUGUACAAGAAUACAACUUCCCUUGGACUCACAAUAAAUGGAGGCGAAGGUGAUGGCAUGUGGAUCAGUCAGGUGAAGAGAGGUGGCGUGGCGUAUCGCAGUGGCUUGGUGGAGUGUGGUGAUGGCCUGCAGGCGAUCAACGGCAUCCCAGUGGGCAGAUCGACGUUGAGCGAAGCGGCAGGAAUGCUGCGAGACAGCACUGACAUUGUGGUGCUGACCAUCUGCAAGAAAGAGCACCAGCUGGAUGUGGCCGAUGACAGUGUGGAGUUUGCCGUUGAGUUGGUGAGACGUGGCAGAAGUCUGGGCAUAACACUGAACGGAUCUACUCUGCCUGGCGAACCCAUCUAUGUGUCUGAUAUACGGGAGGAUGGUGUUGUGUUCAGGACUGGUGCCUUGCAGAAAGGUGACAUCAUUCUUAGCAUCAACAACCAGUCGCUGCGCACGUUCAGCGUGCCGCAGGCAGUGCGAUUGCUGGAGGAAGUCGGCGAUUCAGUUCAGCUGAAGAUCCAGCGAACUAGCAAGAAGGCUUACAGCAGUGAUAGUGAUUCGCAGUUGUCUUCACUGGCAACUGCCUCGUUUCCGUCACCGCUGCGGCAGAGCCACGACUCGUGGCAGGUGUCGCGCAUUCACGGUGUGACCGGCAGUGACGACGACGCCAUAAGCAGUGCCAGCACGCCGUCGACAAACCGUACCGGUGGCUUUCUGGCUGGCAGCAGAGGUAGUCAGAUUGGCAGUAUCGGUUCGAGGACUCCGGCUGCGGUGGCUGCUAGCCUUACGCACACGCCUGGACAGCAGCAGCAGCAGAAAGUGCACAGAAGACCUGCAUCGGCUGGCAAUCAGGACUACCGCCGACGCUGGACUGAAGUGCCGGAAACCUCCAUCGCCGCGUCACUGCCAACGGCCACCACUCCGACUAGUACAGUGCGUGUGCCGACCAGACAACAGACCUCGUUCAGUGCCCUGCCGCGCAGUGGCACAUCGUCAUCGUACACGACCAACAGCCUCACCCGUCACUCACGACCACCAAGUCAGGCACCGUUCAGCGACGCCGGCUCUUCAACGCAUUCGGACAUGUCCAGCUUGCACGGCACAACCACCGGCCAUUCCGACAACUCCUCUCAGUCCAGUCCGCAAACAACCGUUCUCCGGCCAAGAGCAACAUCAGCCCAUGCCAAGUUGGCAAGCGCUGACAAGCAACCAGUGGAGCCACCAUCACAGGAUCCCUCGUCAUUGUUGGCGGAGCUCGAGUCGUCGUUACUGGAUUCAACUACGUUUACAUCACUCUUAUCUACCGGCAAGAGUCCUGACAGGGCGGCGGCGGUGGUGUCGACGCAGGCAGCAAGCACCCUCACUACAGUAGCAGCGCAGAGUGCGGCAGCUAUCAGCGGUGGAAGUGUCUCCUCUGCAGCUAGCACUCCGGCCGGUGCUCGCCGCAGCUCAUUCCGCCAGGCCGUCCCGGCAAGCCGCUCCACGAGCACCGUGCCCGCUGACCGCCAUUCUCUGGACGGUGGCAGUGUCGGUGGUGAGCGAGUGACCCCGACUGUGCAGUCAGUCGAGAUGCACGUCAUCGAACUGUCCCGGCCGGGCCUCAACACCAGUUUCGGCUUCAGUAUCUCCGACGGUCUCUCAGAGCCGGGUGUCUACAUCCGUGCCUUGAUGCCAGGUGGCAUUGCCAUGCAGCAAAGCAAACUCAAACCACUGGACAGAGUACUACAGAUCAAUUCAACGGAUGUGAGGGACUACGAUUGCCGGCAAGUGCUUCCAGUCCUGUCGGACGUACGGGAAACCCUGAGACUGGUGAUAUGCCGGUGUUCGCAACUCCGCUCCAUGUCUGGACUUGCCUCGCCCAGCUCGUUCAAGUGAAGAAUGGUGAAAGACGAUGUGCUCGUGAGCACAAUACCGGAAUCGACGUAAUAGAAUGUCUGGCCUUAUUAGGUAGAAGAUUGAGUAGCCACUGAAAGUCAUUACAAGCCAUCAACUAUUAGAUGCAUAGAAUAGAACGUGCAAAAGAAUCGUUUUUUUGUCAAAUGAACCUAUCCCUCAUCGAUAACAAUCCCUGCCUCGCAGUAAUUUCUCGACGUGGGCAAUGCCUAGAAAGCAGCAGGUACCGUUGACAUUGAUCUAAAACACUAACUAGCAAACAGCCAAUAACUGCAUUAUUUACUGUAAGGCCGCAAAUUCCUUGACAUAGUUACCAACGUAGGGGCAUGGCUGGCUCUGUGAGUACUGCUGCUUGUUACGUUUCAUAUCAUCACUUCUGUGAAUAUUUUGGUUAUUUACUUGAAGUACUUGCGCCGACAGCUCUGCGCGAGCUGUGUGGGUUUCUUGA